AUGCUCUCUAAACUGUUGGCAUUGUCUACCCUUCUUGGAGGAACUUUCUCCAUCCCGCUUGAUGCUGCUGUUGAAAAGCGCAGCUGUCCUGGAGUUCAUGUUUUCGGCGCGCGCGAGACAACUGCGUCUGCAGGUUAUGGGUCAUCCAUUACUGUCGUCAACGAGGUUUUGAGCGCAUAUUCUGGCUCUACAGCUGAAGCUAUCAGCUAUCCGGCCUGUGGUGGUCAAUCGUCGUGUGGAAGCGUGAGCUACUCUAGCUCCGUCAUCCAGGGAAUUCAGGCGGUUGCAUCGGCUGUCAACUCCUUCAACUCGCAGUGUCCAGACACUAAGCUCGUCCUGGUCGGAUACUCUCAGGGCGGUGAAAUCAUGGAUGCUGCCUUGUGCGGUGGUGGUGACCCCAACCAAGGAUAUACUAAUACAGCUGUCUUGCUGUCAUCAUCUGCUGUGAACAUGGUCAAGGCCGCCAUUUUCAUGGGCGACCCCAUGUUCAGGGCUGGCUUGUCGUAUGAUGUUGGAACGUGCACUGCCGGAGGGUUUGACGAACGUGCUGCCGGCUUUAGCUGCCCAUCAGCUAGCAAGAUUCAGUCCUACUGCGAUGCCUCGGAUCCGUAUUGCUGCAAUGGUAGCAACGCCGCAACUCACCAAGGUUAUGGGGCCGAGUACGGCGCACAGGCCUUAACCUUUAUUAAAAGCAAAUUAUCUGCUUAA